CAAUCCGAUGCUUUCCGAACAUCCAAACACUCCCAUAGUGCUUCCCCUCGAUUUAUCGCCUCAAAACCCUAUCAAAACCUUGCUCGUCUUACUCAACCCUUCGUUCCAUCUUCACAAAACAAUGGCAGCAACCAUAGCCCGAUCAAUCCUGACCGUCCGUUCAGCGUCAUCGUCCUACUCCUUCCUCUCCAAACGCCUUCUCUCUUCCACUUCCACCAUUGCCAAACCCCCACCCCUCCCGGGCUUCGCCCGAACCACCACCGUCACCCGUUCCACGGUCUCACUCUCUAACUUGCUCCGAUUCGCCCAUCCCUGCGCGGUUCGAUUGAACCCCGUUCGAUGCAGAGUGAACCGGUCUGGUGGGUCGACUUAUUCGCCGAUCAACUCUUCCUCCAACUUCGGCGAACGCCCACCCACCGAGUUGGCUCCGUUGUUUCCAGGUUGUGACUACGAGCACUGGCUUAUUGUCAUGGAUAAGCCUGGUGGUGAAGGUGCUUCGAAGCAGCAGAUGAUCGAUUGCUACAUUCAAACCCUAGCUAAGAUAGUUGGAAGUGAAGAGGAAGCAAAGAAGAAGAUUUACAAUGUUUCUUGCGAGAGGUACUUCGGGUUUGGAUGCGAGAUUGACGAGGAAACUUCAAAUAAGCUUGAAGGUUUGCCUGGAGUUCUUUUUGUACUUCCUGAUUCUUAUGUCGAUGCUGAGAACAAGGAUUAUGGAGUGCCUCUGAAUCCAUCCGACUAUCUUCAGUUGUGUGAAGAGGAAGCAAAGAAGAAGAUUUACAAUGUUUCUUGCGAGAGGUACUUCGGGUUUGGAUGCGAGAUUGACGAGGAAACUUCAAAUAAGCUUGAAGGUUUGCCUGGAGUUCUUUUUGUACUUCCUGAUUCUUAUGUCGAUGCUGAGAACAAGGAUUAUGGAGCUGAGCUGUUUGUGAAUGGAGAGAUAGUUCAAAGGUCUCCUGAAAGACAAAGGAGAGUGGAGCCAGUGCCCCAGCAACAUCGAGACAGGCCAAGAUACAAUGACCGAACCCGCUAUGCCAGGCGCCGUGAGAAUAUGCGGUGAACCAGAAACCCCACUCGAGUGAAGAUAUUGACUGUCAGCUAGAUAAUUAGGAUGAAAAGCUUCGUUAUGAUGUGGUUGUAUCUAUAUUAUCAUGUUGAUGUUAGAGUGUGCUUGGUGUUUAUUGGACAAUAGCUGAAUGAACUUGAACUUUCUCAAUAUCAGGCACUUCUGGGCCAUUGUGAAUCUGUGAUAGUUCUUGAUCUGUAAAACUCAUGGCUGGCAUUUCUUGUCCGGUCUGUUACCUUGAACACACACAUAUGUG